AUGAAAGGGAAAGCACUAGGCAUCGUUCAAGUCCCCUUAUCGAACAUACUCUGCGGAGAUGGCCGCGGUGCCGAAAGGACCAGAAUCGACCCAAAUGGACGUCGAAUUGUUGUAUUUAUCGGCAACUCAGAUAUUCCCGCAGUCUUAAGCAAGCUGCGUCUCACUGAGCUGCAGUUGGAGGCAGCCAACGCGGAGAGCAACUACCCUCUACUCAGCAGCCAAGCUGUGUGGUUUACGGGGUUGCGGAGUUCUCUCACAGAAGCUCACAGAAUGAACCCACUCCUGCACCUGACAGCUCACCUGUACUCCGCAGAUCUCUCCGAAAAUCCAUCGUCUGACGGACACACUUACACAAAGCUUCGCAAGUGUCCUGCAGACGGAGAUCAAGCAGCACAACAGUACGCAGCACUAUCACGGGCAAAACGGAGAGGUUUGAAGGCAUUAUAUUGGCAGCCAGAAGUUGGCGCUGCUCUGAACGCCUUGGCUGUAUUUCCAGGGAUCAUGCACGACCUUUGUCUCACUGACUGGCCAACGGAAAUCGCCCCUCAUCUCCAAAGACAAGUCGUUGCACACCUCAACCAUGUACACGCCGUUUGGUGGUAUAUUACUGGAGGUGACCCUGUCCUCCAGCAAAGCGCUGACAUCACUACGGUGAGAGCGUUAGAAGGCCGUGCUCCUGCACGGAGUCGGUCGGACUGUGCUCGGGUCCGCGAGGCCUUCGAAAGUGAGAUUGCCUUCCGCGGAAUAACCGAUCCAAAGAGACGUCGCGCAAUGAUGCAAAGAACUUGCAAUCUACUCGUCAUGAUACCAAGCUUGAGAUCUUUUCACGCGAACAUGAGGCACCUUUGUGUCAUUGACCGGAUACUCCGAACGUACCUAAUUCCCCAUGAUUUGGAUGAACCUGCCGAAGAAAAGGACCGGUCGCUUCGCUGGAAGUUGAGGCGGUUUUGGACGAGGCCAGCGCCGUACUUGGAAGUCCGGGAAGGGGAACUGCAAUUGACCGUGGGUCGAUCUUCGUUCGACCAGGCAUACAAGCAGCUGGUCUUAGCUGCGCUUCGUCACUUCCCAUCAUUAGAACAGCCCGCCGACCCUGAUUAUGUUUGCCGUUUUCAGCAGCAGGCAUAUAUCCUUGGCUUUCGUAACAAGUGUACUGACGAGGCAAUGUGUGUAACGGUUCCGUCUCCGUCGCAAGGCACGGCACCCGUGCAAAACCAAUUGGACGAGCCCAUGCUCUUGGAGCCAGUACACCUACGAUGGGGGCGUCCGAGUACGAAGCUCCUCAAAUCAGUACAGGCCUCGGCAUUUCUUGAGGGAAAGACCAAUAUCAUCCCCAGCGAAGAAGGGCUAACUGUUCGAUUUUUGUUGAAUGACCUUUUCGAUCGUUUUCUGAGUCGUGUGUUCGAUAUUGAUAGGGAUGUUGUUCUAAUAAGCAGGGGGAUGAGCACAGCCUGGCGAUAUCGAAGCUCAACUGGUCCACGGCGUCAUAUCACUUCCCAGCGAAGGCGGCAAAGGUCAACGUUCGUAGGGCCAAGAAAUUAUGGCUCAGAACACACAAGAGAGAGACAGUUGGAUGUCAACGAGGAUGAUGUCCGCUAA